AGUAGUUCGUACUAAGCACGUCGAACCAUUAGCCCUAUGCAGUAAAACUUCUCUGGCUCGAUUACUUAUUGCUCUCGUGCCCUUGUCGCCGCGGUCCUUUUCAGGUCCUUCUUUUAUCAUUACCACCUUUUCUCUAUUGUCAGCUGCAGUGUAAACGUCGAGUGAUUACUGCUGUACAUAAGCUGCUGGUAUAUAGGUCAUCAAGAGCUGCCAUUGAGCUGAAUCAACAACUCACAAUCCGCCAAGAUGUUUGGCAAGAAAAAUGGCGCGAGAGGGUCUCCAACAACUUCAGACCUUGAUCCAGAGCCAGGGACCAAGAAUGAGAUCAACAACUACUAUGAUCCCAAUAUCUCGAACCCAGCCGCGCCUCCCGAAUACGACGACCUGAACGUAAUCUGCCCUCCCCACACAACCGAGAAGAAGCUCAUGGCAAAAAUCGACCUGCGAGUAAUCCCUUUCCUCUGCAUCCUAUACCUCCUCGCCUUCCUCGAUCGAGUAAAUAUUGCAAACGCAAAGGCUUUCGGGUUGAUCAAGGAUCUCGAUUUGAAAAAUACGGAAUUCAAUACGGCGUUGACCAUCUUCUUCGUCCCUUAUGUGGUCUUCGAGAUUCCGUCCAAUGUCUUCCUGAAGAGACUUUCACCCCGCAUAUGGUUGUCCUUCUGCAUGUUCUUCUUUGGGCUCGUCUCUAUCUGCCAAGGACUGGUGUCGAGUUAUGGCGGGCUACUCACAACUCGUUUCUUCUUGGGUCUGUUCGAAGCUGGCAUGUUUCCGGGCUGCUUUUAUCUGAUUGGGAUGUGGUAUAAAAGAUCAGAAGCUCAACGUCGCUACUCGUUCUUUUUCUCCAGCACUACGCUCGCCGGCGCAUUCGGUGGUCUUCUCGCCUCGGCUAUUGGAAAGAUGAACGGGUUGAGAGGAUACAAUGGCUGGAGAUGGAUCUUCAUCCUAGAAGGCGUUCUAACCUGCGUUGUCGCCAUCCUCUUCUUCUUCGUCCUCCCCUCCUUCCCUGAAGACGCCAAAUGGCUCACACCCGAAGAACGGUCCUACGUUAAAGCCCGUCUCCAAGCCGACCAAGGUCGUUCAGCAGCUGAGCGCAAAAUCACAAUCCGAGACGUAGGCCGUGUAUUCCAGGACUUCAAAGUCAUCCUGGGAGGCUUCAUGUACUUUGGCAUGAUUGUACCUGCAUACGGAUAUGCAUUCUUUGCACCAACCAUCUUGGCCACAUAUGGCUAUUCUGCCAUUGAAACACAGUUGCACAGCGUUCCACCUUGGGCGUGUGCUUUUGCAUUUGCGAUGAUUGUUGCCACUUGUUCGGAUUUCACUCGCCAUCGAUUCGCUUUUACCAUCGCUCCUAUCUGUGUAGCGAUAGCUGGCUUCGCGAUUCUGAUCACGGUACAUCAUAACAAGCAUCUCGAAUACGCUGCUUUGUUCCUCGUUGCUAUGGGCGCAUAUUCUGCUAUGCCAGUCAUCGUCUGUUGGUUCAACAUGAAUCUUGGAGGUCAUCAUCGACGAGCUGUUGGAACGGCUUGGCAGGUUGGGUUCGGCAAUAUUGGAGGCAUUAUUGCGACCUAUGCGUUCAUCUCAACCGAUGCGCCGUACUAUAAGAAGGGAUAUAGUAUAUGUCUUGCGUUCUUGUGCUUGAGUGCCUUUAGUUGUGUAUUGUAUGCCAUUGCUGUGGUUUGGCAAAAUAGAGCUAGGGAUAGGGCUGUUGUGGAUGUCGGAUUGACGGAGUAUGAGAAGACUGAAUUAGGGGACAUGAGCCCAGAUUACCGGUAUCUACUUUAAUAGGAUGAAUACCUACAAUCCAACAUCUGAUCUAACGUCCGAGCACGUUGCAAAAUAAUCAUCAAUAAAUAUUCAAGUUCAUCUAACAAUCCUCCAUCCCAGCUCGUAU